AUGGCAUACUCAUUUGAGGGUACGGCUUUGAUGGAUGUACUAAGUAUAUCUUCAUGGUUGACCAAUGACGAUCACAUGAAAGCUGGGCACUUCGCGGCGGCAACCUUAAAUCUUCCUGCCCAGAACAACAUCUGGGGAAAUUGGAACAUCUCCGCCUACGAGCCUGAGACAGACAGACAGGCGAGCCGGAAUAUACAGAAGCCAGAGUCCGAAUACAGAUAUUUCCUGAUCCUCCAUACCAAGACUGGGAACAAUAUACCAACUCAAAUCCCCAGUAUCCAGUUGCUUGCUCCUGCUCUUCCCACCAUCCCCGCUUAUCUAUAA